AUGGAUUACCAAGUCGCCUUCUAUCAGGACUCGUGGCCAAUCGAAGGUAAAGCUAGCACAGCAGACAUUGUAGAGCAGGUCAUCAACACUCGCGAUGCUGCUAUGUCACAAUUGCGUCUCCCGAGUAGCCAAGAGGGCAAAAUCGAUCUCGUCUCAUGCGGUAUCUGGCUAAAAGUCCGCACUGAUCGCCCGCGAGAGGAAGGUCAGCUUACCACUGCCUUCGUAUCUGUCAAAGACAAAGGGCUUCAUCGACCAGUACCAUUCUCGUUCACCCGUGAACCGUUGGCGGAGACCCAAAUCAGGCUCAUCGAACUUUUCCCAGGUGCACGUGGUGAAGGCUUGCGGGCAAUACUACACUCUGUCGAUCUCGUUAGCUCGCCUGCCUUCGACGCACUUUCUUAUGUAUGGGGCAAUCGAGAAGUCCAAGACACGAUAAUCCUUGGGGACGAUUCUUUCAAGAGAGAGCGUAUCAGCGCAAGUGUGCACGCUGCGCUCACCGAGUUGCGCCGACCAGACACAUCACGCUUCAUCUGGGUCGAUGCCCUCUGCAUAGACCAACAUAAUAUCCUAGAGCGAAACCAUCAAGUGCGCAUAAUGGGCACCAUUUUCGCAAGCGCUGCACAAGUUAUCAUCUGGCUGGGCGAGGCUACUGAGCACUCCAAAUCCGGCAUACAGACGCUUCAAUUCAUCGCGGAGGGGAAGGCGUUCGAAGAAAACCCACCGUGGAAAGACAACCCUCCAGAAGUUAUCCAAAAAGGCCUCACCGACAUACUCAGCCGUAACUGGUUCAGGCGCAUCUGGACUGUGCAGGAAGCUGCGCUCUCAAGCCGUAAGACGGUCAUGAUUUGUAGCGAUGGCUCGUUCUGUGAGUGGUCUGCCGCACCACAUUGUGUGUCUUUGUUCAUCCGGGGCCUUAAGUUCGCUGCGGUAACCGCAGACUGGACCGAGAAUGGCCUCGCUGGUUCCGACGAUCUUGGAUUGACCGGCGUUGAUCUUACGGGUAUCAUCGAUCUCCUUGGGCAACAAUUGCAGCAGUCCGUCAGGAGCAAAGGUCUUAACAGGGCAGGCCUAGAACCGGAUUUAUUGGACAUUGCCUACGAGGUCAAGGGGAAGCAGUGUGUAGAUCCUAGGGAUAGGCUGUACGGCAUACUGGGACUUGCUGUAAUCAGGGGGUCGGACGAGUAUCACCAGCUGCAACCAGACUAUAGCAAGACACUGCAACAGGUUCAGGACGACUUUAGACAGAUCCUGCUGGAGGCAGCGAAAAGGGAGCCGGAAGCUUGGGUAUUGGCUCAACAGGCUUAGCCCUGGGGUUGUC